AAAAAGGCACGACGAUUGACGGCGCGGCGUCUCAUCCUAUGUUACUACGACGAAAAGUUUAUGCUUCAUCCUACUUGUCUUAUUUCAUUAUUUUCCAAUUUUAUCCGCCAACUUACACCCGCCGCCUCUUCUACCGUUCCGGCCAGCAUUUAUUAGACUGAACAUCGAUGGAGGGGUUCACCCACCACCUCCAGCAUCACUUACGACAUCAUUUCACCACAUAUACCUAUACAUAUCUGAUCUACGACAUGCAUUGCAUUGGGCGGCAGCGGCAGCAGCAACGGCGAAGGCGCACGUGCAUAUUUUGGUACUCACUGCUUUACACGGUAACGGCGCUGUACAUAUCAUCAUCAUCAUCAUCAUCAUCAUCAUCCUUUUUUUUUUUUUGUUCAUCUCGGGCUAUGAGCAUUGGGAAAGGUAUAGGUGCAUCGGUCGGCGGCGUUCAAGUAUCUGGUUUUCUACAAGUCUGCUAUACCACUGGCUUUUUUCUUUUCCUUUUACACUAUUACCAUGAUCAUCAUUAUCAUUAUCGAUCGUCCUUACGAGGAACGACAUGCAUAUCGCUAGCGACUGCUUUUUCUUUUCAUUUGUGUAUUUUUUUUAUCUUAUAUUCAGGAGUUAGAUAUACCUUGAUCCUUUCAGGAGACUCGGCUACGAGCGGGAUCAGCUUGGCCGUAGAAUAGAUACCACGGAUACCAUGAAUUUGGCCAAUAUAUAAACUUUGGUAUAUUCGACCACAUUUACAUCGUUCACAUGGGAAAUCAAUGGUUUGACUACCUGCGAAAUAUGUCAUUUUCUAUGCCGUAGUAUCUUGAAUUUAUAGCUAAUAUCCAGAACUAUUUCUUCUACCCCAUUUACCUUAGGUAUAAUGCGUGACCACAAGUCUGUACGCACCCAUUUUGCACCCGAAGUCAUUACUUUCAACA